UAGCUCGCCCGGCGUUUUGUUGCCUUGGCUCUUCCUUUCCUUCAUUCAUCAAGGGCCAACCUCAACACGCUCUCCUGCUAAUGCUCUUCAUUGUACAUUGAAUGUCCGGGGAGUAGUAGAUAAAAGCAGUGUGAGGAGCAGGCUCUGGAGAUAUCUCUGCAUCAGAAGAGAAGCAUUUGGAAGGAAGAAGGAAGAAUAGCAGGUGCUUCCGAUAUGGCGAGAAGGAACAGCAACAACGGAGAACGCAAGAGAGAGGAGAACGUGGCGGUGGCCAUAGACAAGGACAAAGCGAGCCAGCACGCCCUCAAAUGGACGGUCGAUCACCUCCUCUCCCGCGGCCAAGCUUUAACUCUCCUCCACAUCAAAACCGGAGCUUCCUCCAUCCCCACUCCAAUGGGCAGCCAUGUCGCCAUCUCCGACGUGAACGAUGAAGUGGCGAGAACGUACAGGCAACAAGGUGAGAGCCAAGCCAAGGAAAUGUUCCUUCCCUUCCGUUGCUUUUGUACUCGAAAGGAGAUACGAUGCAACGAGCUCAUUGUGGAGGACACAGACAUCGCUAAGGGCAUAGUGGACUUCGUCAAUGCAACUCCCCUCGAUAUUCUGGUGCUUGGAGCUCCCUCUAAAAGUGGCCUCUUCAGAUUCAAGACCUCAGAUGUUCCGACCAGCGUGUGUAAAGCAGUGCCAGACUUUUGUACUGUGUAUGUCAUCUCCAAAGGAAAGAUAUCGUCUGUGAAAUCCGCCACCUCUGCGCCGCCAUCCAAGCCUCCACAACCUGCUAACAUGUCCAACAAUCCAAACGAGGGUCGUCCCAUGCAUAAUCAAAUCCCGAAAGCCGCUGAGAGGACUCCCGUCAUGCCUCGGAAUCCUCAGAAUGAUAUAGAAAUCAAGUCGCCAUUCACCAGAGGAAGAGCUUCAACCAAUAAAUCAUUUGAGUUGUCCUCAACAGAUAGCGACAUAUCCUUCGUAAGCACUGGGAGACCGAGCACUGAUCACAUGCUUCCUUCCCUCUACGAUAACGUGGAACCCGGCAGGCUUUCUUCCACCAGUUCAGACUUUGACAACAAUAGUUUUGCCUCAUCUUUCUCCGGGAACAAGUCUUUCGAUAUGACUUUGCAACCACUUGACUUCUCAUCCUCUCCGCCAGAGAGCGGAAGAAUGUCACUAUCAGCACAGAACAUGGACGAUGUGCAAGCAGAGAUGAGAAGGCUCAGGCUCGAGCUUCAGCAAACGAUUGAUAUGUACAGUACGGCAUGCAAGGAAGCCCUCACAGCAAAACAAAAGGCUAGGGAGCUUCAUCGUUGGAAAAUGGACGAGGAACAACGGUUAGAAGAGGCAAGACUAGCUGAGGAAGCUGCAUUGGCUAUUGCAGAAAAGGAGAAAGCAAAGUGUGUGGCAGCGAUUCAAGCAGCUGAACAAGCUCAGAGAAUUGCAGAGCGAGAAGCGCAAAAGAGAAUAUUUGCCGAAAAGAAAGCUCUCAAAGAAGCUGAGGAGAGAAAGAAGAUUCUAAGUUCAAUGGCACAGAAUGAAAUUAGGUACAGGAAAUACACAAUUGAGGAGAUUGAAGCAGCUACGGAGGAUUUUGCAGCGUCCCGUAAGAUCGGGGAAGGAGGAUAUGGACCAGUUUACAAGUGUUACUUAGAUCACACACCGGUGGCCAUUAAAGUUUUGCGUCCAGAUGCGGCACAGGGACAAGCACAGUUUCAGCAAGAGGUUGAAGUACUAAGCUGCAUUCGACAUCCAAACAUGGUUCUCCUUCUAGGCGCCUGCCCAGAAUAUGGUUGCUUGGUCUAUGAGUAUAUGGCCAAUGGAAGCUUGGAUGACCGUCUCUUCCGACGAGGAAACAGCCCAGUACUUCCUUGGCAACAUAGAUUCAGAAUAGCCGCAGAGAUUGGCACUGGCCUACUUUUUCUCCACCAAACCAAGCCAGAACCACUUGUGCAUCGUGACCUAAAACCUGGCAACAUUUUGCUUGAUCGUAACUACGUCAGCAAGAUUAGCGAUGUUGGCUUGGCCAGGCUUGUCCCUCCAUCAGUAGCCAAUACUGUAACUCAGUAUCGCAUGACAUCAACGGCCGGGACUUUCUGUUACAUAGAUCCAGAAUACCAACAAACUGGAAUGCUUGGAAUAAAAUCUGAUAUCUACUCACUUGGGAUCUUGCUUCUUCAAAUAAUAACGGCAAAGCCCCCAAUGGGUUUGACUCAUCUUGUGGAACGGGCUAUUGAGAAAGGGAACUUCGCAGAGACGCUUGAUCCAGCAAUUCCUGAUUGGCCAGUUGAACAGGCGUUAUCAUUCGCAAAGUUAUCUCUUAAGUGUGCAGAAUUGAGAAGAAAGGACAGACCUGAUCUAGGUACCGUAGUUUUACCUGAACUUAAUAGACUGAGAGCACUGGCUGAGGAUGCCAUGCCCAGCAUCACACAAUCAAGCGGUUCAGGAGCAUCAUCAAGCAGCAGUCAUAUUUCAAGCACAAGUCAGGAUUUGAUGACAGAAACCCAGCUGACAGAGUCUGUAUGUCAGAGCUCAAGUACAUCAUCCUUCACAGGAAGAAUAAGAGACUGAAGUUUCUUGGAGUAUGUCGAAACCAAUGCAAGGGUUCAAUUUGAAGACCACCUAAAUCAUGUGAAGCUGGCUUGUCGGUUAAGUUGUAGUAGCACCAAAUUUGUACUACCACAGUCUGAAGAGACCAGACUAC